ACACCACUGCGAUCUCCAGGGAUUUAUGUACGGACGCUUGUUGCAGGAGGACCAGCUAUGAAGGUCAGUUGCGUUACUAGUAAUAUCCAUAUAAGAAAUUCUUAUACCUUUUCCCAACACACCACUAUACAUUGCAACCGUGUGUGUUAUUGGCUGUUAUCCCGAGGAGAAGAGGGGCGGCGGGGUGGGGUGGGGGAGGGGGAGGGGGUUCAAUUAAUAUAUGUCACCAAUGAUUAUAGAUAUUUGCCGGGACGUGAGGACUGUUUUUAGGAAACAGGGUGGGUAGAAAAUACUACGUGAAUUUCAAGGGAAAACAUGCUGAUCAUUGGCUUUUAUGCUAUUUUCAGGACGGCCGACUCCGUCUCGGUGAUCGUAUCUUGGCGGUGAACGGAACCAGUCUUGUUGGAGCAGAUUACCAAAGGUACGUCUUUCCUUAAUAGACCAAAACCGCAAUUCACCAUAUUCACAUUGCCCACCUUGUUUAGUUCUCCCCAAAUUUUGCAUAAGUAUUUUUUUGAUUUCUCUUGGGAAGACUUCAAUACCGUAAUACCCAGGAGAAAUUGGAAGCAACGGUUAAGCAAACUUUUGGGUGGUAAACAAGGUGUAUUAUGGGUAGUUUGAAAAUAGUGAAUGGUGACAGAAGAGAACGCUCUGGGAUAAUUCAAACAAAUGAAAUUGCAAUUUUAAAUUAUCUGUGCUUUUUGUUUGUCUUGACCCAAUCCGUUUUACUGCGUUUUGUACUACGUGGGUCGGCAGGCAUUCUAGCGUUUCCCAUCGCUUCCCUUUCCAAAUCAAGGCUACCCCCUCGCACGACCUGAUCCCCACAAGCAGAGAGUAACGAUGUAUUUAAAGAAUGUAUUUGUUUUGUUUUAGUGCAAUGCAGCAGAUCCGGCAGUCAGGAACUCAUUUAUCCUUCCUGGUGGCGAAGUCUGAUAUUCACGUAGCAAUGAAGAUCACUGCUUCCAGUUGCUGA